CCAUAGUUUGCCGAAACACACAACAUCCACGUAGUUUACUCGUGUUGAUCUUCGCCGGCGUAGUUACGAAAAAAUUUCUAAAAAACUUUUUCUUCCAGACGAUUAAGAAUAUAGAAUUACGGUUAUAUCUCAAUACUCCCUUGAGCCGCAGUAUAAUCAGCCGAUAAACAACUGAAAAUUGAAUUUUCUGUGAUAAGAUUCCGAAGUAUCUUUAACGAUUUAAAAACAAAGGAAUAUGGCAGUGAAAGGCCUGGUUGCUAGUAUUAUUCGCUUUUUAACAAAGCAAUUGGAGGAGGGAGAUAUAACAGAAGAUUCCCGUGAGAGCCUUGAAGUUGCGAUACAAUGUUUGGAGAGUGCUUACAACGUACAAGCAUCAGAUGCACCAGCAAAUUUUGAUUUACUCAGCUGUUGUGAAACAGCUAUGGAAGGCUGUACUGUCCUACCAAAUCGCGAGGCGACUGCUGAGGAAAAAGGUGAAGCUGAAAAAUUGAAAAACCAGGGUAAUGCGCUCAUGAAGGAGGAUAAGAUUCAUGAGGCCAUCGCAUUAUAUACCAAAGCAAUUGAGCUGGACGGACGCAACGCAGUUUACUACGGGAAUCGUGCAGCUGCAUACAGCAAAAUUGGUAAUCAACGACGUGCUAUAAAAGACUGCGAGACAGCACUCACAGUUGAUCCCACGUACAGCAAAGCCUACGGACGCCUUGGCCUGGCAUAUUCAAGUUUGGACAAGCACAAGGAGGCGAAGGAAUGUUAUCAGAAGGCACUCGAAAUGGAACCAGAUAGUGAGGGUUACAAAAAUAAUCUCCAGUUGGCUGAGGAGAAGUUAGCACAGCAGGGAGUCAGCAAUAUGGGACUUGGUGCUAACAAUCCAGGUUUUCCCAUGGACUUGAGCAGUAUGCUCUCAAAUCCCGCACUUAUGAGCAUGGCGCGACAAAUGUUAUCUAAUCCUGGAAUGCAGAAUAUGCUUGGAGAUCUUAUGAGUGGAAAUAUUGAACAAGGAGGAAGGAUGGAGGUUCUAAUUGAAGCAGGACAGCAAUUGGCCCAACAGAUGCAGACUGCCAACCCCGAGCUUAUCGAGUCCCUGAGAAGACAGAUGGGUGGUGGACCCAAUGAUCCUGAUCCACGUCAGCAGAAUUGAACCGUCAAAAAUUUUAUAAUUAAACUCGUUAUCGACGAUAUAUCGCAAUUUAUAAUUGUCUCGUGAUAAUCAUCUGCGCGAUCUUCUUUUCUUUUUCUAGUUUUUCCAUUGAAUCCUAAACGCAUUGAAUGAUAAAUUGCAUUGUCAAAUCCUGUUUUAAAUCAUCUUGUUCCUGUUGCUUCGGAGUUGCCAUGUAUUCGACCAUUGUUACAAUAAAUAUAUGACCUGUCAAUGCGAAAUAGAAGCUGGAUGAUUUGUUCAUUAUUGGAUCCGGACACCUAGCCUUCUGACUCCACGAUACGUAUUCACGUGCAUAAGGGCAAUCUCUAUUGGAGAUCGGAAAGUGACUCCCCCGUCGCUGGAGAAGACCACAUUUACAAGAGAAGCUAAUAUUAAGUUCACGGGCAGGUAAUUAGCAGCAUUGCUAAUGGGCUUUGUGUGCUUGUUGGGAUAAAAACGGAUGACACUCUUGCAGACGUGGAAUACAU